AUGAAACACCAAAACUACGCUGAGUUUACGUCUUCCAUGACGGUUGAUUCCGACAAAUGGUCUGAAGUGGGAUGUGUGCGCCAAAUCGUUCAGCCCUCAGAUACCCUGAGUUUUCAACUUACCUCUGGCACAACUGGUCUGCCUAAAGUGGCCAUGUUAUCUCAUUUGAGUAUGCUCAACAACGCGCGCUUUGUGGGUCAAAGGCUGGGUAUCGCGUCAACUGAUGUGAUUUGCUGCCCUCCGCCGUUGUUCCAUUGUUUUGGUCUCGUGAUGGGAUUUUUGGCGAGUCUCAUUCAUGGCACGACUAUCGUCUUCCCAUCCGAUCAUUUCAAUGCUGAUGCAGUCCUGGAAUCGGUAUAUCGCCAUCAGUGCACAGCUCUCCUAGGCGUACCUACCAUGUUUAUUGCAGAGCUGGAGGCGCUUCAGUCUAGAAACGACCCUAUAAUUAGUCUUCGCAAAGGUCUUAUCGCCGGCUCAACUAUAUCGCACAUAUUGAUGAAUCGGCUCAGUAAGUCUAUGGGCUUGAGUGAGAUGAUGAUUGCAUAUGGCAUGACUGAAACUGCUCCUGUGUCCUUCAUGAGUGCAGCUGAUGAUGCUCCCAACAAGCGAAAUGAGACUGUCGGGCGUGUGAUGCCUCAUACUCAAGCUAAAGUUAUCAAUCACUUGGGCGAGACAGUACAUCGCGGUGCAAGAGGUGAACUUUGUGUGAGUGGCUAUGGGCUGCAGAAGGGCUAUCUCAAAAAUGCAACAAAGACGGCGGAGGUCAUGAGUUUUGACAAAGAUGGGGUAUUAUGGAUGCAUACAGGCGAUGAAUGUGUGAUAGACAGUGAGGGAUACUGUCGCGUUACAGGAAGAAUUAAGGAUAUUAUUAUCAGAGGGGGAGAGAACAUAUUUCCCGCUGAAAUUGAAGAUCGCCUUAUCGCCCAUCCAGCCGUCUCCGAAGCCAGCGUUGUUGGUGUGCGAGAUGCCAAGUACGGAGAGGUUGUGGCGUGUUUUCUGAAGAGUGCUUUGCAGCCGGUAGACAGGCCAACAACGGAGGAAAUUCAGAGCUGGGUACGUGAUGUGAUGAGCAGAUCCAAGUCUCCACAGCAUGUAUUUUGGGUUGGUGAUGGGGGAGUGUGCGAAGACUUUCCCACUACUGGGAGUGGGAAGCACCAGAAGCAUUUGCUCCGAGAGAUUGGAAAUAAACUUCUUUGCUGCUAG